UAUCCAAAAGUCCUGAGGAAAAGAAACCAACAGUUCCAUUACACAGCAAGAGAAGACCAAAAAUAUGUGGACCACGACAUGGUGAAACAAAAGAAAAAGAAAUAGACUGGGGAAAGCGCUGUGUGGAUAAAUUUGAUAUCAUUGGUAUUAUUGGUGAAGGCACUUAUGGGCAAGUUUACAAAGCCAGAGAUAAAGACACAGGGGAGAUGGUGGCACUAAAGAAAGUACGACUGGAUAAUGAAAAGGAAGGGUUUCCAAUUACGGCUAUUCGGGAGAUUAAGAUUCUUCGACAGCUUAAUCACCAAAGCAUUAUCAACAUGAAGGAAAUAGUGACGGAUAAGGAAGAUGCUUUGGACUUCAAGAAGGACAAAGGUGCAUUUUACCUGGUGUUUGAAUAUAUGGACCAUGACUUGAUGGGACUUCUGGAAUCUGGUUUGGUUCAUUUUAAUGAAAAUCAUAUUAAGUCCUUUAUGAGACAGCUGAUGGAGGGCUUGGCCUAUUGCCAUAAGAAGAACUUUUUGCACAGAGAUAUCAAAUGUUCAAAUAUUCUACUAAAUAAUAGAGGGCAGAUAAAGCUUGCAGAUUUUGGGCUUGCUCGGCUGUACAACUCUGAAGAAAGCCGACCAUAUACCAACAAAGUUAUUACAUUAUGGUAUCGGCCUCCCGAACUUCUGCUUGGAGAAGAAAGAUACACGCCGGCUAUCGAUGUCUGGAGCUGUGGCUGCAUCCUGGGUGAACUUUUUACAAAAAAGCCAAUAUUUCAAGCAAAUCAAGAGCUUGCUCAACUGGAACUUAUAAGCCGAAUUUGUGGGAGUCCUUGUCCAGCAGUGUGGCCUGAUGUUAUCAAAUUAGCUUAUUUCAACACAAUGAAACCAAAGAAGCAGUAUCGCCGAAAACUGAGAGAAGAGUUUGCUUUCAUCCCACCAGCUGCGUUAGAUUUGUUCGAUUACAUGCUUGCUCUGGAUCCCAGCAAGCGCUGCACGGCCGAACAAGCUCUUCAGUGUGAGUUUCUGCGAGAUGUGGAACCAUCUAAAAUGCCUCCUCCAGACCUUCCUUUGUGGCAGGAUUGCCACGAGCUGUGGAGUAAGAAACGUAGAAGACAGAAGCAGAUGGGCAUGACUGAUGACGCCACAGCAACUAAAGUCCCGAGGAAGGAUCUGUCUCUAGGCAUGGAUGAGAGCAGAACCAACACCCCACAAGCAAAAACAAGCACUGGACAGCAGUUAAACCAGAAUGAAGUGGCAAUCCUGCUAAACCUGCUACAGUCUAAAACAAGUGUUAGUUUGGCGCAGUUUGCCCAAGUGUUGAAUAUUAAGGUAAACCCGGAGACUCAGCAGCAACUAAAUAAAAUAAAUCUUCCUGCUGGAAUUUUGUCAGCAGGUGAAAAACAGUCAGAACAGCAGCAGCCGCCGCCGCCUCCACCACCACUGCCGGAACAGGAGCCUCUAAAACAGCCGAGUGUCGUGCAGCCUCCUGUACCACCCGCUCAGCUGAGCCAGCCUAAAGUCGAGACUGAUGCUGCCCAGGCAGCUGUACAGAGUGCAUUUGCUGUUCUGCUCUCUCAGUUAAUAAAAGCUCAGCAAACAAAACAAAAAGAUUUCAUGUCAGAGGAGAAGGAAAACGGAUCAGGAAACGAAAUGUCGUUACAACUCAGGCAGCCGCCGGAGCCCACCACUCCUGCGUCUGUCAGCCGGGAUGACGUGGAAUCUCCGGCACCCGGCUAUCCGCAUCCCAUCAAGUCGUUAUAUACGUCUGCAGGUCAAGAGGAUUUGGUUAGGCAGCCUGAGAUGAGGCUUCUAAACCGAACACCCGAACAACAAGAACGCCCUCGAAUCUUGCCUCCGGACCAGCGUCCCCCAGAGCCGCCGGAGCCUCCACCUCUCACUGAUGAAGACCUUGAUUAUCGGACAGAGAACCAGCAUUUGCCUCUGACUAACUCUUCAGGAGCGGAUCCUCACGCAGGAGUGAAAGCGGCUCUUCUGCAGCUGCUCGCUCAGCAUCAAGCUCAGGCGACGACAGAGGAGCCGGUGCAGGCGAGCGUGGAUUAUCCGAGCAGAGACUCCUACGUGGCGGGCCCAGACUACAAGGAUAACUUCGGAUCCUCUUCCUUCUCCUCUUCCCAUUUCGGUGGGAGCGACGGCAUAGGAAGCGGCAUAGGAAGCGGCUCAUCUGGAGCGUUAGAAAGGAGGAGCUUCCUCGGAAACUCCGAUAUUCAGUCUUUGGAUAACUACAGUACUGCUUCAUCUCACUCUGGUGCUGCCCCUCCUCCGUCAGCCUUUUCGGAAUCCUUUCCCGGCUCGGUAACUGGUUACCGAGACAUUUACCUCAACACUGGCCCCAUGCUGUUUAGUGGAGAUAAAGACCAUAGGUUUGAGUACAGCCACGGCCCGAUCCCGGUGCUGGGGAGCAGCAGCGACGCUUCCGCCGGGCCCGAGAGCACGCGCUCCCUGCCCGCAAAGAUGCACAACUACAGCUACGGAAGUAACUUGCAGGAAAACCCAGGUGGCAUCGGCCACAUGCAUGGACAGACUUGGACUUCUCCUGCCCAAGGACCUGGCUAUUCCCAAGGAUACAGGGGACACAUUAGCACAUCUGCAGUGAGAGGGCGAGGCAGAGGAUUACCAUAUUGAGUAUCUGUUUUUCCUCAGGCACAUGAUUUUUAUCUGGAAAAACUUUUUCUUUCUUUCUUUCCCUGCCCCCCAUCAGCUGCAGUUUAAAGCAGCCGUUCAACAGACUUGAAUAAAGUUAACUCAACAGCUUUAUUUUUAUGUGGAAAAGGGUCUUGCAUACAGUAGGAAAAAUUAAAAAUGCUUAAAACUCAUGCUGUCGGAAAACUAGAUAAAUUGAUUGUACAUGUUCACAAACUCUAGUUCUGAAUUUUAUUUUGUAUUUUGGCAGUUUUAAGUGGAUGCUAAAUUUAGGGACAUCAGCUUUUUAUGGCACUCUUUCAGAUCUUCUGAACUAUGCACAUUUGUGCUUUUUUUGUAAGUUUGGACCAACUUUUAUGUAAAAAAAAAAAUUUUACAACAAUCAAAGCAGGGCACUGAUUUAUUUGGUAUUUUUCUUUUUACAGAACUACCUUUAGUCAAAGGUCACUGUCAGUCUUUGCACUGCUUUCAGUGUUAUUGUGGAAGGUGUACUUUGUGCUCAUUUCAGAUAAUAAAACACAACCUUUCUCUUGAUGCAAAAUUUUAUAAAUAUUUGGUCAAUGUUAUUUUUCUUUCAAGAAAAAAAAGA